AUAAACAGCAGAUUUAAUUCCCGAGGAAGCCCCUGAGAGACAAUAAACCCAGUGAAAUUCUUCACCCAGCCCCCUCUGCUGAGUUCUGUUUAAGUGGCUGCGGUUAUUUCGGGAUGGUGUAUCAGCAAGCAUCACCUCUGAGAGUGACACGGCAUGUGUUGAAUAGAAGGGAAUGAUGAAGGCACACACACAUACGCACACACCUCCCAUGUUCCCGUCCUGCAACGCGACAUUCCCGUGGAAGCAGAUGCAAGACAGCCCCCCGCCUCCUCACCCCCGUGCCUAACCUUCCUCUUCACUUGGGCCGUGUGGUGUCGGGCACUUGCAAAAGUGUAAGGAAGUGAAGACACGCACACCCGCACGCACUUCGUCAUAUAUUUCCGAGCAGAAGGCCUCAGGAGCAGGGAUGGUGGCGGAGGAGAUCGUGGUCUCCCUCUCCGGGGGCUCCCCGUGGGGGUUCAGGCUGCAGGGAGGAAGAGAGCAGCAGAAGCCUCUACAGGUGGCAAAGGUACGACGUCGCAGCAAAGCGUGCAGGGCGGGGCUGAAGGAGCACGACGAGCUGGUUGCCAUCAGCGACCACCCUUGCGCCGAGCUAAGCCACGCCCAGGCCAUGAACCUCAUCGAUACCCAGAACGGGACGCUGCACCUGAGGGUCAAACGGACGGCGUCGUACUCCACUCGCUGCUCACCUCCGCUUAUAUCUGUGAGCUCCUCCGUCGAACCCGCCAGCGUUACCUCGCCGCCGGACAGCGAGGCCUACUACGGCGAGACGGACAGCGACGCCGACACGCGCUCGCAGGUGCACCGGCGCCAGCGCCGCACGCCCCCUCACUCCCGCUUGCCCGCUCGCUAUGACAACCACGGGGAGGAGGAGGCGAUGUCUGAGCUCAGUGGCUACGAGAGUGCUAACGAUGCAGCGGCGGGUCCAAUUCAGGGGAAGUGGCACGGCGUCCCGCACAAGGAUUUCAUCUACCAGCUGCCCCAGCCUGCGUGGACCGACCCGGCCCAAAGCUUCACUCCGCACUCACUCACCCCGACCUACGAGCGAGGCCUGGCGGAGGCCGAGGGUGAAGGAGACAGCGGCUUCCAGGAAGCGCUGGCCGGGUUCGGGCUCGCCGCCUGCCCGCCGCUUGUCUCUCCGGAGCGGGCCAAGGAGGCCCUGACACUGGGGUCUGGGAGUCAGCUGGUGCCCAUGGUGGGACCCCAGCAGGGCCCCCUGAGCGAGGAACUUGCCGCCACUUACAUGGACAAAGCACGGCAAGCCAAGCUGCAUCGCGGAGAGAGCUUGGUCGAGAAGCAGGUGAAAGAAGCUCGCACCAAGUGCCGCUCCAUCGCCUCGCUCCUGACCGACGCCCCCAACCCGAACUCCAAGGGGGUGCUCAUGUUCAAGAAGCGGCGCCAGAGAGCCAAGAAGUACACCCUGACCUGCUUCGGCAAGGCCGAGGACGACCGAGGGGGCGAGAGCACCGAGGGGGAGACGGAGGAGGAAGGCGGGAGCUCAGUCCAGAGCUCGGAAGUGGACGAGGGGGGCUUCUCGGCUUCGUUCGAUUCCACGUGGGAUAGCGGUUACUUAGACCUGCUGGAUAGGAGGAGUGCCGCCUGCCCGCCUGCCACGCUGACAACUGCUGAUAACAGCCCAGGGCUUGAUAACUUGACCUCAGUGGCCCCAAUCCAUCAAAUUCCAAAUUUUGAGGCGCUCAGACUGGAGACCAUGAAACAACCGGACGUAGCCAUGUCUUCAGCUCUGGAUAUGCCUCUUCUCAAUGACGCACCAGUUGCCAUAAGCCAGGCUAGUGUUACAUUAAGCCCACCCCCUUCGACACCCCCGAUUAAUCAAAACGGUCUUCAUGUCAACCUCAGUCCAAGUCAAAACCUUGAGCACCAUUUAAGUCCGACUCCACUCAAUCGCACGGCUCGCCCGUUCACUCCCGGUCCUGCGGUGUCUCGCUCAUCAGUGACCUCCGUGAUGUUCCGCCCACCCCAGCCCAAACCGGUAGCGGCUGUCUCCAUGGUGACCUUUGGGCCCACUCACUAUCCGGCGGCAGAAGAGAGGAGAGCCGUUUCCAGCACCUCCCUCUACAUCCCUCCUCGGAACAACGGCGUCAGCCCCUCGAUCAGCACCCCGGCCCUCUCGCCCCCGUCGUCUUUGUAUCCCUCCACCCCCCUGGCUCCCCAAAGUACCCCAGUCCAGCCUGCUCAACCCUUCUCCCCUCCACAACCAUUUCACUCCCCUCCUGCCUUUUAUCACCCUCCCACCCCUGGCCCCAUCUCGCAGGUUCAAGUCUCCAUGCUUCCUCCAACUCAGAUUACACCAACCACUCACUCCUGCACCCCCAACUCGAUGGGGACUCCAAAAACCCCUCAAACUCCAGCCUCGGAUUCAUUGGCUACUCGUGAGCAGCGCAUCUCGGUGCCAGCUGUUCGCACCGGCAUCCUACAUGACGCCCGUGGCCGUAGCAGCAAAAAGCCGAUGUUCAGCGCCAUCCGGAGCAAAGAUGUGUCCCCAAACCCUGCCUUGAUGUCCAUGGUGCAGAACAUGGAUGACCGGUUUUCGAGAACGGCGGGCGCGGAACCAGGGAUUGUAUCCAGGGCCGAGGCUGGCCACGAGUCUGGGCCCGAGGAGGAUUGGUUGCGGCUCGGGGCUGAAGCUUGCAACUUCAUGCAGGCUCAGCGGGGUCCCAAGCCCCCGCCGGUGGCUCCGAAACCAAACACCUCUCAGGCGCCUCAGCUGGCAGGGAAGGGGGGUCAGCUGUUUGCCCGCCGACAAAACCGGAUGGAUCGUUACAUUGUCGAGCGGAGUCCCUCCGUUGGUCCUGCGCCAUUCUCUCCUUCCCAGACCAGGGAACCUUCUCCCACGCCAUCGCUCCCGGCCACAUGGAAGUACUCCUCCAAUAUCCGUGCCCCUCCUCCCAUCAGCUACAACCCCCUCCUGUCACCCUCAUGCCCCCCCAAAGCCCAGAAGAAGGUGGAGAUGACAAAGUCAGGACUGGCUGGAUCCAAAGGGAAGAAAGCCGUCAAAAAGCCGGUUGACGUCGUGAACCACCAGCCGUACCAGCUCAACUCAUCUCUGUUUACCUACAGGGGUCCUCAGGACACAGCCGCCAGUUGUCCUCAGAAGAUGGCAAGGGUGUACGAGUUGAAACGCUUCUCCACCCCCCCUCCGACAGCCACCAGCCCUGCCUUGAAGGUGAUCGUACCUCGAUCGGCCACGACACUCGGAGAACCGCUGUGGCGCUCUAAGACUGGCUCCCCCUCACCUCAAACCACCCAUCACCGUCAAACGCCUCCUAUCCUUUACCAGUUUCAGUUGUCCCCGGGGCACCUAUCCCCUCCACCGCCUCCUGCCCCCACCGCCCCCCUCCCUCAGCUCCCUACCUUCACCUCGACUCCAAACGCAGUCCAGUCCCCCAUGUUCUCCCAGCUCCAACCCCAACAAGCCGACAGGCAGUUUAAAAGCGCCCCAGAUCUGAGCCCCCUUAGACCUCCUGGGGCCACCCGGCAGACGUCCACCGGCAGCCAAUACAGCAGGGUUCCCAGACCUAGAUUCAGCACUUCCAACCUGGGCCUACAGCCUUCAGUGUGGCGCCCUGGUUCCAUCGCACACUGAGCUAACGCAUUUUAGUCGGGACUGAAUAGAAAGCAUUUUAUUUUAAAAGGAAAUCCACUUAUUUUGAGUUUGGUAACAUUGUUAUUGAAAUCUGCGGAUGUGUGUUUUUAUCUCAAGCUUAGUUUGGAACUAAAAAAAAAAAAAAAGUGAUCCACUUUUCUUUCUUUUUGGGGUAGAUACCCUUUAAUAUGGCCAGCUUGUUGCAUUUAGUUAAAAUUUUAUCGGCAACAUGGCGGUUUAGCGAAUGUGCCGGAGCGAGAUUAAAAGAUUAACAGAUUAGAAAGGCAGGAGAAAGAUGAAAAAAGUGUGGAGUGGAGGAGGUGGAAAAAGCCGCGCAAUGGAAGGUGGAUGAAAUACGAGAAGAUUCAACGAAGAGUAACGAACUUCCUGUCGUAGUAGCAAUCGAUGUAGAAGCACCAACUUUUUUUUCCACAUUGCUUGUAAUUAUCUAAAUAUACGCGAUAUAGCUGUGUUUUCUCUCUUUCUUAUAAUAUAACAAGAGUAUAGUGGUGCAGGUUUUUUUUUUUUUUUUCCCCCCAGAGGUGGGCGACUUGCGUCACAGGAUUUCGCUUGAUUUAAAAACCCAAUUUUAGGAAUAUGAACUCACUUGGCUUCUAUUUAUGACCGACUCGACUUCAAAUAGAACAUGACUUGACAAAGGGGAGGCACGGCGGUCGACUGGUGAGCAUAUCUGCCUCACAGAUCUGAUGAUGGGGGGGUUCAAAACCCGGUCAUGCUUGAGUGGAGUUUGCGUGUUCUCCCCGUACCUGCGUGGAUUUUCACCGAGCACUCCGGUUUCCUCCCGCAUCUCAAAAACACGCAUUAAUUGGAGACUCUAAAUUCUAAUUAAUGCUAAUUCUAAAUUCACAUCUAUCUGCCCUGUGAUUGGCUGGCAACAAGUUCAGGGUGUACCCCGAAGUUAGCCGGGAUAGGCGCCAGAACUCCUGCGACCCUUGUGAGGAUAAGCGGCUCAGAAAGUGGAUGGAUGGAUUUUAAAUUUAUUGUGUGGUUUGUUUUAUUUUUGAAUGAAAAGUAAUUUUCGGUGGUGUGAUAACCUGCCGGUAUGAAAUUAAGAAGAGAGCAGAGGACAAAAUGAAAAUUAGUUCUUUUGAUAAAUUUUGGCAAGAAGAGAAUGCUGACGUGGAAAUUUUACAACUCAAAGAGGCACAAAAAUUACAAAAUCUAAUAUCUUCUGUCAUGAUAUAACCCAGAAAGAUCGUCACCUCACAGUUUAGCUAACCGCCAGCUAGUGAAAAUGGAACUAUCGGUCAGAUUCAAGUCAGUUAUACAUUUGAUUGAAAAGAAAAUAAAGUUAUAGACAAUAAAUACACUAGUUUGGGACCAUAAGAAAUGUGUCUGCUAAGGUUAGUAGCGCUAACUAACGCAAAUACCGAUAGGCCUGUUGACUGUGAAUAAGAUGAUGUAGUGAGUUUGUUUCACUUGAUUCAUGACUGACUUGCUUGAUUUUGCCAAACUAACUUGAGACUUGCUUGAAACUUUAAGGUCAAGACUAGAAACUGACUUAUGACUUGCGCUUAUAAAAUGACUUUCUCCCACCUGUGGUUUUUUUUUUUUUUGUAGUGUUUUUCCAUAAUAUCACUCACAAAAAAGUGCUAAUUAAAUUUUUGUGGAAAAAGAGGCGGAUAAUGUUUCUUUUUUUUUGUUGUUUCUUUUCCAUCGGGACAUGGCGGCUAAAUAAAAAUAGACAUGACUCA